AUGGCGAGCAAGGCGUACCUCGCUGAAAAGUACAUGUCUGGGCCAAAGGCCGACGCUAUUCUCGCGCGGGAGGCAUCACACAAGAAGAAGAAGCGAAAGGCACCGACGAAUGCGCCUGCUGCCAAGUCAUUUAUUGUUGACACCGACGGCGGGUGGGGUGACGAGACGCGAGGAGAAGAGGCGGAGGAAGUUGAGGAGGUCAUUGUUGCAUCAGACAGGUCGUUCAAGAAAAGGAAGGUUGGCGAAGGGUCUGGAUGGACAACAGUGCAGGGAGGAAAUAAAGAGGAAUCACCGCCGCCAGCAGCAGACGAGCAGCCCCAGAUAGUUGUGGAGGAGACUCCGGUGUUGGGUGGCCUUGUGAGCGCUAAACAGCUGAGCAAGGCACUUCCACAAUCCAAUGUCGACCCCGUCGCAACGGCGGAAGAAAUUGCAUUGGCGCAAGAGACGGUCUAUCGAGACGCGCAAGGCAAGAAGAUAGACACGAAAGCAGCACGCGCGGAAGCAGCCCGGUUAAAGCGAGAAAGGGAGGAGAAAGAGGCCCAAAAGAUGGAAUGGGGCAAGGGCUUGGUUCAACGUGAUGAGGCAGAGAAAAGGAGACAGGAAUUGGAGAAGCAACGCAACUCGAAAUUCGCCAGACACGCGGAUGAUGCUGACCUCAAUGAAGAACAAAAGGCAAAAGAACUCUGGAAUGAUCCAGCAGCCCAAUUCUUGACGAAAAAGCGCGGCAAAGGGCCUCGAAGACCCGAGUACUCUGGUCCUACGCCUGCGCCAAAUCGCUUUGGAAUAAAGCCUGGCUACCGAUGGGACGGUGUUGACAGAGGAAACGGAUUCGAAAAGAAGAUGUUCCAACGGAUGAACGAGAAGAAGCGACAAGGCAACGAGACUUAUAAAUGGUCUGCUGAAGACAUGUAA